AUGCAUCGAAUCUCGAGGGCAAAGUGUCCUACCCUUCAGCCCAACGGCUUCUGCGAGCCAGGCCAUCCUUUUGCGAUUAAACAAUACGUCAAGUCUUUGAACCAUCUUCGAAAACGUCUUGAUGGCCAAUCCGAUCGCUCUGCUACGUAUGUUGCGCUUGCGACUUGUCUCCUGUUCAUCUGCUUUGAAAUGCUCCAAGGUAAUAGAGUAGGUGCGUUGGUCCAUCUUCGCACCGGUUUGCGCAUUUUAUGUUGCUCCAGGUCCUUUGAUGUUCAGAUAGGCCAUCAAAGAGACUCGGAGGCAUUGGCUGUCAGACUCCCUUCGCACGACGAUGACUCGAUUCUUUGUCAGCUAGCUCGCUCUUUUGCUAGAUUGGAUUACGACUCGACUAUGUUUGGAGAAAGAAGCCCUGCGCUGGCAUUUGUUCGUCACGACCAUCAAUUACCUUCUCCAAUGAUAAUCCCAAGAAGAUUUGCUACCAUCGCUGAAGCACGAAGAUGUCUGGAUUUCCUUGCGAACGCCGUCUUCAGCUUCCGCGGAAAAUUACUUCAACUUGUUUCCACAAAGUUAGACAACCAACAUACCAGUAAUGGCUCGGACUUGGUAUAUCAGGCCUGCAUCUACCAUGCAUCUGCCAGAACAACAGACUUAGAACCGUUUCUCAAGAUGACGGAGGAGAUUUUUGAGCUGAAAUCCGAUCUUGAAGCAUGGCUGAUCGCAUUCAAACUUCUUUCCAGAGAAACCCUUUACUCUUACUCAUUGCCUGUAAUAUUGCUCGAGGUGCAGCAUUUUUACAUCUAUUUUCUAAUUUCCACCUGUCGUGACACACACGAAAAGCUUUGCGACAAAUUUGACAGUCAGUUCAGGCAUGUCGUACAACUCGCAGGAAGGUUCAUCAACAAUAUUCAGAGUACCGACCCUUCAUCCUCCUUACCUUGUCUCACAUUCACUCUCGAGUCUGGUAUUAUUCCCUCACUGUACCUUGUUGCUCUCAAAUGUCGGACUCACUCAAUCAGGCAAGAAGCUAUUGCCUUGUUGUACAAGUCAAGAUGCCAGGAAGGAAUGUGGGAGAGUUCUUUGAUGGCCAAGUUUGUUGCAGAGAUCUCCAGGUUGGAGUGUGAGCGGGCUUGCGCAUUGGAGGGGGGGUUCGGAAUACGCUUCUCGAAGUAUACCGGAAGCCGCUCGUUUCACUGA